CACAGUCGUCAAAAUGUCUGCCGAUCAGCCUCUCCCCUUCAUCUACCAGUUCGCCGCAGGCGCCAUUGCCGGUGUCUCGGAGAUUCUGGUGAUGUACCCUCUUGACGUUGUCAAGACCCGAGUCCAACUGCAGACUGGUUCCGGUGCCACCGCUGAGUACAAUGGCAUGCUUGACUGCUUCCGCAAGAUCAUCAAGCAGGAGGGUUUCUCCCGUCUCUACCGUGGUAUCUCUGCCCCCAUUCUCAUGGAAGCUCCCAAGCGAGCUACCAAGUUCGCCGCCAACGAUGAAUGGGGCAAGGUCUACCGAAAGAUGUUUGGUAUGGACAAGAUGAACCAGCCUCUCUCCGUCCUCACCGGUGCCACUGCUGGUGCCACCGAGUCUUUCGUCGUCGUCCCCUUCGAGCUCGUCAAGAUUCGUCUGCAAGACAAGGCCUCUGCUGGAAAGUACAACGGCAUGGUCGACUGUGUCGUCAAGACAGUCAAGAAUGAGGGUCCUCUCACCCUCUACCAGGGUCUCGAGAGCACCCUGUGGCGCCACAUCCUCUGGAACGCCGGUUACUUCGGCUGCAUUUUCCAGGUCCGACAAAUGCUCCCCAAGGCUGAGAACAAGAAGGCUCAGAUCACCAACGACCUCAUCUCUGGUGCCAUUGGUGGUACCUUCGGAACCGUGCUUAACACUCCUCUUGAUGUUGUCAAGAGCCGAAUUCAGAACACCCCCAAGGUCGCUGGCCAGGUCCCCAAGUACAACUGGGCUUUCCCUGCCGUCGGAACUGUGCUCAAGGAGGAGGGUUUCAGUGCUCUGUACAAGGGUUUCUUGCCCAAGGUUCUCCGUCUUGGUCCCGGAGGUGGUAUCCUCCUGGUCGUGUUCACAACUGUUAUGGAUACCUUCCGUAGCUGGCACUACCCCGUUACCAGUGCCCUUAAGAACUAGAUUGUAAAAUGAGAACAAGGUCAAACGAGCAUAGAAAGAUACCAAAUCACAUUUAGGCGGUCUCGGGGGGCGUCCAAUUCUGGAACAGCAUGCUAGAAUCUGAUUAUUACAUGCGCAUUCUGUCAAUCCCGAUUAGAUGAUGUAGAGGAGCAAGAACAGGGCGUUUUGCUUCGAUGUAAGCUGCAGCAUUGAAUAGAGCUUGAGUCAAGCCAUUGUA